UUAAUACCGGAGACGGUUCAAAGGGUGUUUGUGCUUUUCGCUGCUUUAGCCGUUCAGCCGCCCUACCGUUCCUGUGUUCUGCUUUGCCGUUCGACCGUCCUACUGUUCCUCUGGUUCUUGCCAACCAGCAGUACUUCUGCAUGGUUUCUAAUUUGCAGUCAGUUUGCAACCCUCGUUGCUGGGCCGAGACCUUUGUUAGUAUCGACAUGCCCAACCUCAGCAGCCUGGGCAAGAUCUGUGGCUCCAGCCGGGGCGACGAUAUGGUGGUGAUGGACCGGGCCAAGCGCAAGAAUUCGGUCAGGCGCAUGUCGAUCAUUGAGGACGGUCAGAUUGCUGAGGUUCUCUACCUGAUUCCAAAACAAUCAAUGAUGGAACAGCUUCCCUUCCUGAACCCCAACGACUAUGUCCUGUGUGAGCGGAUGGUAGGCAUGCCGCCAGACAUGGGAUCAAUGGGACAAGUGGCCCAUGUUCAGGACCCCCACCACCCUGCAGAGAAGCUUUGCAUCCAGUGCUACAAAUGUGAGGAGCCAUGCAAGGGAGAGGUGCUGUUGGUCCAGUCCAAGCACUUCCACAUCAAGUGCUUUACCUGCACGGUGUGCGGCUGCGACUUGGCUCAGGGAGGUUUCUUCAUGAAGAACGGGGACUACCUGUGCACGUUGGACUACCAACGGCUCCAUGGCACAUGCUGCAAUGGCUGUGGGAACUUUGUGGAGGGAGAGGUGGUCACUGCUCUCGGCAAAACGUACCAUCCGGCCUGCUUCGUCUGCACAAUCUGCAAACAACCCUUUCCUACUGGAGAUCAUGUCAUCUUUAAUGGGAAAGACUGUCUCUGUCAACACUGCAUCCACCCCUUGUCCCCUACCCCCAAAGACAUCAGCAGCUCCAGCAACUGUGCAGGCUGUGGUAGGGACAUUAAGAACGGCCAGGCCCUAUUGGCUCUGGAAAGACAGUGGCACCUUGGCUGCUUCAAGUGCAAGGCCUGUGGCACAGUGCUGAGCGGGGAGUACAUCAGCAAGGACGGCACCCCCUAUUGCGAGAAAGACUACCAGAUCCACUUUGGGGUCCAGUGUGAAGCCUGUAAUCAGUUCAUCACAGGGAAGGUUCUGGAGGCAGGGGACAAGCACUACCAUCCCAGUUGUGCAAGAUGCAGCAGAUGCAACCAGAUGUUCAAGGAAGGAGAGGAAAUGUACCUUCAAGGAUCUACAGUAUGGCAUCCAGACUGUAAGAACAAUAGCAGAGAUGAAGAGAAAUACAGGCCUACCAGGUCCUCGUCUGAGAGUGUCUGCUCGAGACCUGGCUCCAGCAUCUCACGGUCCCCUGGUCACACUAUCUAUGUGAGUACCUACCGCAACUCUGCACACUACUAACUGGAGAUGCAACUCAAGGUUACACAACUAACUGGUGACUCCAAUGAAACUCUCAUGAAACAUCAGUGUUCUUCUUCUACUUUCUUUAUUAUUGAUUGAUAUUACUCAAUGGCGUUCCCUAUUUAUGUGUUAUCCAAAUUGU